AUGGUCGCCCUCAAGCCUCUUCUGUUACUUUUCGCACUUGGUGCUGAGGUCCUUGCUGGCCCUGCCAAGCCUGCGUCCUGCACUACCGUCCUCGGAACCAAGACCGUCAAGAACGUUCCCACUUCGACUACCACCGCCAUCAAGAAGAUCGACAUCAUCAAAAAAGUUAUUAGAAAGGUCAAUGUUGUUGUUGUGCCCGUGGCGAAGACUACUACUAUUCGCACCACGCAUGUAGCUACAGUCACGUCCAUUGACCAGAAGACUGACACUGCUUGGGUGACUCUUACCUCUCCAUCUACCUCUUGGAUCACUCGAACUGCUGUGAUAGUUAGCACGACCGUCUCGCCGACUUACACCACUAAAGACGUCACCAUCACUAUUCCGAGGCCUGCAGACUUCACACCUAUUGGCGAUAGUGAUCCGCCUAUUUUACCUACAUUCGCAAAGCGGGAUAUCACAACCCAGACCAUUUUACCUGAUGAUCAGCAGCCUCAGAGUGUUCGUUGCGUUGUUGAUAAACCCCAGUACUCCACAAAGAUCGUUAGCACGACAGUUCAAGGACCUCGACGUACCCUGAAGGCUGUGACCAAGACCAAGAUAUCUACCAUUUCUACUACUGUUACACAGACAGAGUACCCUCCCAAUGUCAAGACAACGUUGACUACCGUCACCUGGCCUGUGACCACCUUGGUUACUGAUAUUUCAUCUACUUCGAUUGUUACUGAGACUGUAACCAUUGAAAGCCAGAUUCCCCGCGCUACUGUCUACGAUAUAUGCCAGGACGAUAACAUCCUAAGCGAAGCUAACAGUGGCUACUUUGCUGGCUACAUUUACGAGGAUAACGUCGUAACCCAAGAAAUCAACGGCAUCCAAACUGCUAAGCAGUGUUGUCAAGCGUGUGCAGCUGUUCCUAGCUGCAAGGCAUCUCUGUUCAGUCUCUUUUCUUCCCAACCUGGAUGCACCAUUUUUACCGCAAUAGACCCGGGCGUAUGCACCAACAACGCACAGCCUAAGUUCGGUUUCUAUCAGACCAAUAUCGACCAGCAGUGGGACCUAAAAUGGCAUUUGAGCAAUGGAGGUUGCGGUCAUUGGGAGAACGGUGGUGAAUGGGAACCUUAA